AAAGAGGGGAUUAGAGUGGGAGCCACCACCCAUGUGCCCUCCUUCCUGUCUCCACCAGCUCCUGCCGCUCAAUCAUUGGCACUCUCUCUUCUUUCAUUUCAUCUCCAAUUUCCAUUUCCACUUCUUUCUAAAUAUUCGGUUGCUUCUUUUAAUCCCCCUUUAUCCCCAAACAGCACCCCAAAUCUUUUUAGUUUCAGCCCACAGCUGAACUAUAAGGGCUAUACAAACAAACAAAUUCUGGGUAAGAGUGUGCUACUCCUGCUCCCACCAUGUCUAAUUCGGAGGGUGGUGCCAACAACGGAGCUAUAAUGGACCCUCAGAGACAGCAAGCCACGGUUAAUGGUUCCCUUGCCAUCAAAAAACCUCCUUCUAAAGACCGUCACAGCAAAGUCGACGGUCGUGGCCGAAGAAUCAGGAUGCCUAUCAUUUGUGCCGCUCGUGUUUUCCAGUUGACUCGUGAGUUGGGUCACAAAUCCGAUGGUCAGACAAUCGAGUGGCUCUUACGCCAGGCUGAACCUUCCAUCAUUGCCGCCACUGGCACCGGGACCACUCCCGCCAGCUUCUCCACCAUGUCUGUUUCCGUCCGUGGCGGAGCUAAUUCGACUUCUCUAUCGUCCACCACUUCUUCUCCGUCUUUGGAUCAUAAGCCUCUGUUGGGUCCCACCCCAUUUAUACUCGGGAAACGUGUCAGGUCCGACGAUGAUAACCCCGGAAAGUACGAUACCGGAGGAGUCAUGGUAGGACCAGGAGUUGUGGGGCCCGCUGGUGGAUUCUGGGCUCUUCCAGGCAGGACAGACUUUGGUCAAUUGUGGAGUUUCCCGCCCCCAGCGGAGAUGGCGGCUCAUCAACCUGCUGCUGCGUUGUUCGUUCAGCAACAGCAAGCGAUGGGAGAAGCGUCGGCGGCUAGAGUUGGUAAUUAUCUUCCUGGUCAUCUGAACUUGUUAGCCUCGUUGUCGGGUGCUCCAGGAAGUUCGGGUCGGAGAGGCGAGGAUCCUCGUUGAAUUUGGCUGGACAAGUUUACCCUUGUUGUCGGGAGUAUAUAUAUAUAUAGCUUGGUUUUGAUGCGUGUGGAUGUGGAAGAGGGUUUUUAGGUGCAGCUUUAGGGUCAGGGAAUUAGGGGUAAAUUUUGGGCACGUUUGGUUGAUGAUUAAUUAGGGUUGUAGAGCCGUCACAAAUUGUUCACGAUUGUGAGGGUUCAUGCGAGGGAGAAUUUGGGGCUUGGAGACGCAGACAGAGAGAGACCAUGGUACUUGGUGAUAUAUAUGGCAUGUUAAGAAUGGUGUUAAAGCUACUUGUUUUCAGACGAUGAAGCUGCAAAACUAACGGUCGAUUCUUCUUGUUUUUACACAUCAUUGGGUGAUUGGGAGAUUUGCCCUGGAUCAUACUAGCAAUUGACUCACCGUUGUGGCAUAUGGUCUUCGUAAUUAUGAUUCUGUUUUUGAGAAUCAUUAGUUAGUUUGCUGCGUACCAUUGAAUUUAUGGUUCUCAAAGUGUUGGAUUUAUGUCUCUCUCUCUCUCCCUUUCUGUUUCUGCCUUCAGUGUCAGUCUUUAUGUCGAUCACAUGGUCUUAAAGGAGACUGCUGUGUCAAUGAUUUAUAUAAAAAAAGAAAAGCAGCUCUGCUCUGCUUCCUUUCCGUAA